AUGGAACAAGAGAGCACAUCCUAUAUCCAGAUGCAGCCACGUCCACGGCCAGCGUCCUCCAUCUACUCCCGCGAGACCUUUCCAGAGGACCAUCCACAGAGGCAGCACAGCAUCCCCUACCAUGGCCAGACUGCCGAAAAGGACAUCGAUGCCAUGGGUAUGGGCAUGAACAUGAACAUGAACAUGGCGAUGAACGCAAGCACCCACACGAUAGACGGGCUCGUCCAUCCGGCCAUGCGAGCACACACCCUGCCUCGCUCCUCGGUCACCUCCAUCUCCGGCAUGCUUCAUCGCCUUGGGCCCUCGACGACCGGCACUCGCAUGGGGACGGGCACUCCCAGGAGCCACCGUGACGAUGACAAUGACAAUGACCAGCACCAACACGAGCAUCAGCAUCAGCAUGAACAUGAGAAUGAAAUUGCCAAAGAACCAGACAAAGGGGUAGGGACUGGCAGGAGGUGUAGAUGUGGGUUCUUCCGGCUCGCCUUCGCCGUCCUCGCAGUCGCUCUCAUCUCUAUACUGUCUCUCUGCAUCUGCAUCUCAGCCGGAGCAUUCAACCCGCCUUCUCGACUGGCGCCGUCGCCAUCAGCAUCAUCUUCCUCUAACACUGCAACGGUCAGUGUCAGUCUCAGCGUCAGCGUCCUGCCGCCAGCGUCGACGGGCACGGAGAGCGGAAGCCGGACAUCCACCAGCACCAGUGCAGCAACCAGUGGUACGAGCUCGACGGGAGAGCCCAAGGAGAAGCUCUCCGGCCUGGUGCCCUAUUUGACCUUUGUCGGUGGGCGGAUGUCGACCGCCACGUCCACGAUAGCAGCGACGGUGACGGAGACGGAGACGUAG